AUGUCGAAGAACCCGAAGCUUGCCUACGAGGCAAAGGAGCCUGCGUUUCUUCAGAAGCUUCGUGGCCACUAUGGGGAUACUUCCGGUCGCCUGGAGCGACCCUCCGCACGCCCUCGAAAGCUCAAGGAUAAGAAUGAAGAAGACGACGAUGCGCCCGUUUAUGUCGACGAAGAAAGCAACGAGGUGAUUUCAAAAGCAGAGUAUGAAGCUCUUAUCGGGGGAGACACGGACAAGAAGGACGGCGAGACUGCAAAGGACAAAGCCACGGCCGACGGAGAGGACCAGGCGCAGUCUCUGACGGAAACCACGAGCGCUAAACAGAGCAACCUCACCGAAGUCGGCGGCCAGAAGAAGCGAAAACAGAUCAAGGUUGUCGGCGAAGACAAGGCCGAGGAGCAGUCAGGGGAGAAGCCAGAGACCGACGCGGCGCAGCCCGUGGCGCCAGCUCCUCGGAAGUCGAAAAAGGCCAAGAAGAUCAAACUAUCCUUUGACGAGGAGUAA